CUGAACUAUAUAUUUAAUUAGUUGAGGCUUAAACUAGCAAUUAGUUCUCGUUUGAUGACUAGUAUUGUAUUGGACUGGAUAAAUCCUUAUAUUUAAGGGUAACCAAAAAGUAAUGGAAAUUAGAGACAUUUGACAAAAAUUGACGAUUGUUCUUCAAUUGCUCGAAAUUAAAAACUAUAUGGACAAAAUUGAUCAAAUUGAGACAACAGAGACCAAAAUAAUAAAAGUGACAAAUUAUAUAGACCAACUCCCUAAAAAAACGAAAAUUGAAAAAAAAAAAAAAAACGGCUGGUCGCAAAAUGAGACCAAAUUCAAACUCGCUAAAAAACGAAGAUUCAAAAGAAACAAUCAGUCAUAAUAUAAACAUUUUUAAACCAUCAAAAUAAUUUCCCUCCACUCUCUCUCUCUCCCGUUCCACAGUCUCACAAUGACUGACACAUACAGCACUGCUCCGUACUCAAAUCCAAACUGCAAACCCUAAUUUGUUCAAUCAAUCUCUCUUCGAUUCCUCCAUUUCCGAUGGCCUCCAAUGUCGCCGAGGAUCCGCCCUGCAACUCCGAGACCGAAGCCGAGACCAUAGCCCUCAGAAUCAAGCAGAAGCGCUCUCGGCGCGUGAGCUUUGCCGACACCGAGAUCACCUCCGUUCACAUCUUCAACCGCGACGAGGACUACGACACCCCUCCCGACCCGAAGCCCCAAGCCAGCUCUCAAAACGAAUCCGCUGGUCCCGAGAACGAGGUCGUAGGGUUUUUUAGGGACUUGGGCGGUGACAGCGACGAUUUCAAGGACUCCGAUGACGAUGAUGAAGACGAAGAUGGGGGGAAGUCAUUUUUUAGGCCAAUUGGGUCGCCCUCUCCUGGGAGUAGUGUUCCAGGCUCUGCUACCUCCAAUGACGAAGACAAUUUCUUUGGCCCUGUUUCGGCCAAUUUCAUUAGACCAGGACGCUUAUCUGAUUCCGCAGCCUCGGAUGACAUUCAUGAAGCUACAUUGGAUACUACAGCAUUUUCAAUGCAUUACCGUAGCCUUGCAAGGUCAGACACUGGAGGAGAUCUCAAGACCCCAACUGCAGUUCGCCUUGCCUUUGAAGAGAAGACGCCAACCCAUAAUACCAACCCAACUGAUUCUGGAAGCCUCAUGUCUCUAACAAAACCAAAGAUGCUUAGUCCUCAGUCUUUAGCGUCUGUUGAUAAGGUCAGAAGUGGUGAAGAUUCGAAUGACAUGAGUAUUAUAGAAGAAAACCCUCAUAAGUAUGAUUAUGGAAGACUGUCUCCCGCACUAGAUGCAAUUUUGGCAGAAGGCAGCAAGGAUCUGCAUGCUGACUCUGUUAGUGCCCUUGCCAAUUCAAUGCCAUCAAAGGGGGUUGAGGUUUCUGCAUUAGAAGAAAAUGGGAUUGGCCACAUGGAUCCAAGAAAUGGUAGAAUUACCGAACUGGGCAAUUUUGGCACUCAUGAUAUGCCCGCUGAGGCAGAUUCUGUUUCUUGUAUCAAGUUGAAUAUGGGAGAUGAUGGUGACAUCUCAUCUAAAAGAAGUCAUUAUCCAUCUGUUGGUGACUCCGUUGAUGGCCAAGUCCGGAUCCCAAAUCAGUUAAGCAAAGUGAAUAAGGAAUCUUCUGAAGAUGCAUUUCCAAAGGGUAUAGAAAAAUUGGAGUUAGCUGCUGUUAAUGGCAAUGCCCUACCAAAUACCAAUAGCAAAGCACAUCAGUUUGGUGUGUUUGCCCAGAAUGAACCUGCUCAUCAACAGUCAAGUCAACCCUCAGUACAGGAACAUUCUUCUAAUGAGAACAUAUACAAGUUUAAUAGUGAUCAGCAUUCUGAACAACAAUAUGGAUCACCAAUCGAGGGGUCCAUGUUCUUGUUAUCUGGUAGACGGCAACAAUCGGUUUUGAGUACUCCUAAUUUAGCAAGAGAUUCAGGGAUGGUGACUCCUUCCUCAAAACAACCAGGUUCUCUACUAAAUAAGGAACACACAAAACAUGAUGAGUGGGUUUCAUCAAUUCAGAAAAACAUUUCCAGGUUCACGAUUCCUGAGCCUUCUCCCUGUGCUUCCAGUCUCAAAGAGGGAAUUGACAAAUUAAAAUGUAGAUUAUUGAGUUACUCAACUGUGAAUUCUCCCUUAAAAAAACCUGUUCUGGCUGAUGUUAGCGAAGAUCUCGAAUGCAAAUUUUCCAAUUCUCCUACUACUUGUUUAGAGAAGGAAUUAGCUAUACCUGAUCUGAACAGUGGACAUAAAAUUUUGUUUAACAUAGAUAUCAAUGGAAAUGAGAACCCAGUAGAUAUCAGUAAGUUGGGGCAGGGUAAAGAGACCAGAGACCUUGCUAAAGAUGAAGAGUCUCUGCAUAACAUGCUUACAGACACUCUUUCAAAGGAUAAAUUUUGUAAACCAAGAAAAGCAGUGGCUUCACACUCUCAGCUGUCAUCAUCAGGAAGUGAAAGGAUACAGCAUAUCUUGAUGUCAGAAAAUCCCACAGAUGGAACAUUGGUUUCUUCUGAAACUGAUUCCCUAUUGGCAGAUGAGCGAGAAGAUAAUGUUCCCCAUCUGCAAAUUGAAUCUGAAAAGAAAUUCCAAUCCCCUUCAAGGGGUGCAGUCAUUCUGAAAAGCCCAGAUAAAAAAUUUCAAGCUGGACCUGAAACACCACAUUUUAAACCAUAUGUCUGCAGAAGUAUGAGUCAACCAUCCCUUCAGAGCCCUUCGAGUAAAGAGUCAGCCCAGAACUCCUCCAUGAAGGGGACAACUCAGAGUCCACCCCGGGAAAAUCCAAUUCGAAGUCCUUCCUGGAGAAAGGCAAUUCAGAUGCCCUCCAUGAAAGUGCCAAGUCAGAGUCUCUGCAGGCAAGAACCAACUCAGAGUCCUUCCAGGAAAGAGCUUACUCAGAGUCCUAGAAGAGAGCCAAUUCGUAGUCCCUUCGUGAAAGAGCCAAUUCAAAGUCCCAUCUUGAGAGAGGCAAUUCGAAGUUCCAUUGCAAGAGAGCCAAUUGGUAGUCCUGCCAUGAAAGAGCCAACUCGAAGUCCCUCAAGAAAAGAGCCAUCUCAGAGUCCCUCAAGAAAAGAGCCUUCUCAGAGUCCCUCAAGAAAAGAGCCAACCUGGAGUCCCUCAAGAAAAGAGCCAACUUGGAGUCCUUCAAGAAAAGAGCCAACACAGAGCCCCUUCAGGCUGGUUUCAUCUUAUGCAAUAGACACUGAGAAUAUGCAACGCUUUGUUGGGAAAGACCUAGUAUAUCAUGGGUCAAAUUCAAAUGGGCAUGAUGAUUGUUAUAGGGGACUACAUAUUUCACAAAGUCCAUUUUCUGAACAAGAUGCAGAGAAUUCUGUUGGACGGAAACGAAAAAACCUAGGAAUAAUUCUUGAUGAUGGAGACUCUAUAUAUAAGACCCCCAGAAUCCAGAGUCCGAAAGUUCACAGAAAUGAGAACUAUGAUCCAGAGUUCAUGUUGGGUCAGUCAAAUAUAGAUCACAAUGACAGAGAGAAGUUUGGGGCAGAUACAACAUGGAAGUGCUGGACUGAUAUUUUAGUAAAAUUCUCCGGAGAUACAGAGCAACUUCUUUCUCCAUUGACAAGCAAACUAAGUUUAAGAGCAAUUGGUGUGCUUGAAGAUAUGUUGGUUCAGCUACUGAAGGCUAACAAAUAUGAGGCACUUUGUUCCAAAGUCCAGUCUCAGAAGGUCGACUACAUCAGUGUUGGACAUAAAAGGGCAGCUGAAGCAAGAUUACUGCUUUCUAAAUUAGUGUAUGAAAAGGCAAAGUUGCAGUUAAUGCACGUGAAGCGCGAUAAGUUACAGUGUAGAGUGCAGCUCUUAAGCUCUGCAGUUCAGAAGUGUCAAAUGCUGAAGUUGAGUUACACCCAGUGUCAGUCUAAACCUGGUAAACAGGAGACUCAUGUUGAUGGUAGUCAUCGUCAAUCCUCUUUAGUUAGUUCUGAGGGUGAACAAGGGGGCUCCUGUAAUAAUGUGAGCACAAUGAGGCAGGAAAUUAAAGCUUUAGAUAGACAAAUAAAGAGCUUAAUCAAUUUCUUUCACACCCAUAUCAAGUUGAAAGGAGAACCAAGUUGUGCCGAUACUAUUGCUUUAGUUAAUCAUCAUCUCGAGACAAGAACGUGUUGCAGGUUUAUACAUCAGGAUUUGCAGCUAUGGAAUGUUGAUCAUUUUGAGGUUAAGAAUGGCCAUUACAACAUUCAUUUCAGCUAUCAUGGUUACAUCAACCAAAGGUUUAUGGGUACAGUGGGUCCAGCAUCAAACAUAGUCCUCUCAAACAAAUUGAAUGAUGUAAAAAUCAGAAAGAACUUCCCAAACAUGGAUGCUCAAGUUGCAUUUGCUUUUGUACUAAAUUCUGAGGCCACCAAGAAAAGUGUUGAUUCGAAAUAUUUGGCACAAGAAACACAAGUAACCCGUUCAUUGCUAUGUAAUUUGCUAGAUGUGGUUGAGGAAGUGGACCUGGCACGAUCUGAGAUUUAUAAUUUGAUCCAGACAAGUUUUCAAACUCCAUCCGCUGAGCAGCUUGAUAUGCAGCUUUGUUUCCUUAACUGUAAGAGCGGUAGAAAGGUGACACUGACUCUUGACAUGACAUGUUUGAAUAGUGGGAUUUAUCCUUCAGAGAUCCUUCCGCAUCAGAUACAGCCUUCCGUAUCUGCAGCAAAAGUGGUGCUUCCACAGCCACUUUUAGCUGAAAUAAGAGCUGCAGCUGAGAGCCUUGAAUCUGGACAUAUGAGGAUAAUGAGGCUCUGUAAGUGUAUUUCCCAAGUGGUGGAACUUCACACAGACGAUAAUUCCCGAUAGAGGUCAAAGGUGGCACAAACACAUCGCUGGAUUUUUGGCAUGCCGGGACUAUGAUUUGUUUGUUUUCUCUUUAGAUAUUAUGUUGAGGUGACCCUGUAUAUUUUAGCUGAAGAUAGUUUCCAUUACUUUUAUUAUCCACAGAAGCUUAAGAGGCUUUCACGUUUCAA